GUACUCCGGUGCGGUGCAGCAGCCCGGUAGGUCUCGCCAUGCCUGAGCCGGCCAAGUCCGCCCCCGCGCCCAAGAAGGGCUCCAAGAAGGCGGUGACCAAGACGCAGAAGAAGGGCGACAAGAAGCGCAAGAAGAGCCGCAAGGAGAGCUACUCGAUCUACGUGUACAAGGUGCUGAAGCAGGUGCACCCCGACACGGGCAUCUCGUCCAAGGCCAUGGGCAUCAUGAACUCCUUCGUGAACGACAUCUUCGAGCGCAUCGCCGGCGAGGCCUCUCGCCUGGCGCACUACAACAAGCGCUCCACCAUCACCUCGCGGGAGAUCCAGACGGCCGUGCGGCUCCUGCUGCCCGGCGAGCUGGCCAAGCACGCCGUCUCCGAGGGCACCAAGGCUGUCACCAAGUACACCAGCUCCAAGUAGAGCGCCUCGGAUCGUCAGUUUUAACCCAAAGGCUCUUUUAAGAGCCACCCAUAUAUUCAAGUAGAGGGGCUGAGUUACUGUGUUUCUUAGGAGGUAUGUCAAUUGCCUGUUCAUUUGCAUGUCACUAGAAAGUUGAGUACUCGCUUUUUUAGGGAGCUACUUAAAAAAUUAACGGUGGGCUCUCGCUUAGCCAGCCUGUGCUCAGUGUACGCUGUUGUACUUGGUUAUUUAAAGCUUAUGAAUGAGUACGUGCUGUCAGCUCUGGUCUAAAGCGUGGUUGAAAACCAGCAGCAACUUUCGUCUGAGUGAUAGCUCUGUUUUCAGAGCUCGGGAGUCCCGCGGGGGAAGGUAGGAUGACUUUUGUUUCCUCAAGUUUUUAAUUCCUCUUGAUAGGUCCGGUACAAAAAAAGCAUAGCUGUGCACUUACAAAAUAAAAACAAUCUUUGUGGUCCUGCCA